AUGGUCUCGCACGCGGACCUCGGCAGCACGAGCGGCGGCGAGGCGAACCCGCUCACCGUCGGCGAGGGCUCCGACGUCUGGGGCUGGGUCUCGCCCAGCGGCCGCGAGUUCGCCUGCGUGACGCAGACCGACGGCUCGGCCUUCGUCGAGGUGCUGCCCAGCGGCGAGCAGCGCUUCCUCGGCCGCCUGCCCACCAACACGGUGCCCUCGCUCUGGCGCGACGCCAAGAACGUCGGCCCGUACAUGUUCAUCGGCUCCGAGGCGCGCAACCACGGUGUGCAAGUGUUCGACAUGCGCAAGCUGGAGGCCUUCGGCCCGCGCUCGCGCCCCGCCAUCUUCACCGCCGAUGCCGUCUUCACCGGCGUCGGCUCGUCGCACAACAUUGUCAACAUGGCCGACAGCAACUACCUCAUGGUCGUCGGCCAGAAGGAGUGCUCCGGCUCGCCGUACAUUGUCGACAUCCGCGACCCGCUGAACCCCAAGAAGGUCGGCUGCCAGAGCAACCUCGACGGCUACUCGCACGACGCCCAGGUGAUCCGCUACAGCGGCCCUGACUCGCGCUACACGGGCCGCGAGAUUGUCAUUUCGUACAACGAGGACACGCUCACCAUCUACGACGCCACCGUCAAGGACAACCUGCGCGUCGUGAGCCGCACGGGCUACGAGGGCGCCCAGUACACGCACCAGGGCUGGCUCGUCGACGGCGCGCAGACGCACAUCCUCAUGAACGACGAGCUCGACGAGAUUGAGGGCACGACGCCCGAGGGCGGCCGCACCGCGACGCUCGUGUGGAACAUCAGCGACCUCGAGAAGCCGGUGCAGGAGGGCAUCUUCUCCUCGCCCGCCACGUCCAUCGGCCACAACGCCUACCCCAAGGACGGCUACAGCUAUGCGUCGAACUACUGCUCCGGCCUGCGCGUCACCGACACGCGCCAGGUCAACUCGGGCGGCGGCGCGGCGUCGAUGAAGGAGGUGGCCUUCUUCGACGUGCGCCCCGAGGACGACUCGGUCGAGUUCUUCGGCGCCUGGAGCCACUUCAUCUUCCCCUCCGGCUGGAUCGCCGUCAACUCGAUCGAGCGCGGCUCGUUCAUCGUGCGCGUGCAGCCCGGCGUGCUCGCGAGCGGCGGCAAGAAGGGCGGCCCCAAGGGCCCCAAGGGCCCCAAAUGA